CUGGUGACAGGUGAGGCCUCAGACCGGUACUUGGUCCCACCUCCACUUGAAGAGCAGGUAACAAAGUUAAUAAAGCAGGUGUAAACGUCACCGCAGUAGGGUGUUCUGCCGGAUCUCACUCGCAAAGUAUCGUUGGGUUGACAGGAGGGAGGUAGGCUGCUGUCGCUUACUUAGUCAGUUCGUUUGGUGUCUUUUUGGAGCAUAUGCGUGAGGAGGACAACCUAUACGGACGUACAACAGCAAGAAGUCACACGAAGCUCGACCGUUCUGACGGGAUUGUCCUGCCCUCUCGAAGCCAUCGAUAGGUGAACUCGGAAGGAACGAGCUGUCACGAUGUUCAAAAGUCGAAAGUCGAAAACCAGCGUUGUGAUCACGCAGCCGAACCAGACGACGGCUCCGUCUACAGAGCUCGCAGCUCUGAUAGAGAAGCUCCAGAAGAAUGCUGAUAAAGUGGAGAAGAACAUCUAUGAGACUGAGCAGAACCUCAAUAAGGAUGUGAGUAAGAUAAAUGAGGGAAAGCAGCCUCUUUAUCAAGAUGAUACCAACAAGCGGAUCCUGAACUCCCUGGAGCUGCUCAACGGCCUGGAUGACGAUGCCGUCAACACCAAACGCCUCCAGCAUCCACAGGCGGAGAUGAUCGACAAGGAUAUGAAACAGCUGCGUGAGAGGGUGAUGAAGCUCAAAGAGGACCAUGACCACAUCUACCAUCUGACUCGCUCGGACGCCAGGCCAAGCAUCAACUGGGGGAAGAUCAUUGAUGAGAAAACGGACAACCUGGCCAACAAAGGAUUUGGCCAGGACCUGCCGACGGUGGAGAAUGAGGUGGAGGAUCACAACAUCCUUCACAGCGAGGUGGAGGCCUUGGCACCACACAUCUCUGACAACGAGGACAAGGAAUACGUCAGUGGUCUGCAGACUAAAUACAACAAGCUCCUGACCAACUCUAGCGCUCGCCAGCGCCACCUGCUGAGCCUGCGGGACUAUAUGCAACGCUGCACCAACGAGCUGUACUGGAUGGAUCAGCAGGCCGAGGAGAGGAUCAACUACGACUGGAGCGACACCAACCUGGACUACCCCGCCCGCCAGAGGCAGUACGAGAACUUCAUCAGUAAGUGCCUCGAGUCCAAGGAGGCCACCAUUACCAAGCUCAACGACGAUGGGGAGACUCUGAUGGCCUCCGGGCACCCUGGCAAGAAUGUCAUCGAGGCCCACAUGGAAGCAGUACAUGCCGACUGGAAGGAGUACCUUAACCUUCUCAUCUGUGAGGAAAACCACCUGAAACACAUGGAUGAGUACCACAAGUAUAACAAAGAGGCCCGCGACACUCAGGACCUGCUGAAAAGAAUGGAGACCGAAAUCAACCAGAAAUACAGCCCAGACUUCAAAGACAUGUACCAGAUGGACGGACUCAUCCGGGAACUGGAUGAUCAGGCCAAGGCCAUGGACCACUUUGACGAGCGGGUGAAAGCCCUCCAGAAGCACAGUCUGCAGGUGCUGCCCCUGAAGUACCGCCGGGACGCCCCCCAGAAACAACUCCCGGUCGAAGCCCUGUGCGAGUUCGACGCGGAUGAGGGCCAGAUUGUGCGUGGGGAGCGCUACAACCUCCUCCGCAACAACGGGGCCAAGUGGGACGUGAAGGACGCCGCCGGGCACAAGAUCACGGCCCCCGGGGUGUGCUUCAUCAUCCCCCCCACCGACCCCGAGGCCGUCUCCAUCUCCGACGGCCUGAACAGCCAGCAGAACUCAAUCAAGCAGAAGAUGGCAACAAGCAGAGGAACUCUGAGCAAACGGCUGGACGAGUUGAAGCUGGAGAGUGGUAGUGGAACAGACAAGCAGGAGCAGCAGUGCCGCCAGCUCAUGGCCGGUCUUGAUAAGGAGAUCAGUGACCUGGACAAGCAGGAGAAGGCCAUUUACACCCGUGUACGGCCCCCCCUGGAGCAGACCCGACCCCUCCAAGACAGCGCCGAUCGCCUGCAGGAUAUGAAGGAUAUUGCUGCUGCCGUCAGUCUGAUCGAACCGGAGAAGCGCUCUAAGGUGCAGCAGGCGGAGAGCUUCCUGGCCUCCAACCCUAAGUGCAGCAGUGCCCCACAGCUCCACACCAAGGUCACCGACGCCAACAAAAAGUACAACAAGGUCGAGCUGCUCCUGAAGUGCUCUGAGGAGAAAUUGAAGAAAUCAAACCAGCUGGAAAACUCUCUUCAGAACGGGAAGGCACUGCUGUCCACCUAUGAGAACCAACUGGCCAGAGAAGCAGUGGCCCCAUCUGACAUCACCUCACUGGAGAAAACCCAGCGCGAACUUGCAGAUAUUGGAUCAGAACUCAGAGCCAAGAGGUCUGUGCUGGCUGAGACGGAGCUGAACCUCCGUGAGGCCAAAGGCAGCUGCAACACCAUGGCCACCAAGCUGCAGGAGCAUUGUCCUGACAUCGAGAGGCAGGAAACGGAGGUCCAGAGGCUCAAUAAGCGCUUUGACAACCUCCAGAGACAGACCGACACCAGGUCUCAAAGUUUGCAGAGAGCCAAGAUGGCGUACAAUAACUACCGCAACGACUACGACAACCUCAACAUGUGGCUUUCGCGGGUUCCAAACUAUGAGCCUCGCGAAACUGAUGACGUGGGACAAGUGGAGACCAAGCUGAAAAACCAGAGGAAUCUGCUCUCGGAUAUCGCAAGGAAGGAGUCUGACCUGAACAAUGUCUCCAAGAAUGCUCGUCUUUACCAGCAUGCCGUCACAGACUAUGAGAAUGAAACUGAGAAGUUCAAGUCCAUCCUUGACCUGGAGGACGGACUUGUCCCUCAAACAUACAAGAGGAGCAGACUUGAUUCACCAGCAAAAAGGGUCAAGAGUGAGGAGUCUGCUAUUGAAGCCAAGUUCACAGAGGUCAAUGCUAUAAAUAAGCAAAGGCAAGUUAAUCUGGAGUUCACCCAAAGCCUUCUCAACCAGCAACCUGAUAUCACCAUGAUUCAGAGAAAAAAUGUUGAGUCGAUUCAGUCUGCCCCACCAGGCGAAGAGUCUUGGAGAAUCAGGAAACUCCUGAACGAUGAGGUGCAGAGGAGGGAACAGCUGGAGAAAGAGAUAGAGACCAUCCAGACAGACAUCUAUGUCCUGGAGGGCCAGAAGCCUCAAGACACCAUCGUCAAGAGGGAGCACAUUAAGAAAGUUCCUGACCCCCAGUUGGAUGAAGAGGUCCACAAGGUCCAGCACAGACUCUCAGAGGAGCGUCGGACAACGAGAGUUCUGGAAAAUGAUCUAGAGGUUUUUCAACUCAAGCUGAGGGGUCUUGAAACGGAGGUGAAGGAGGGAGCACAGCAGUACACCGUUAAGGAAGUUCUGCGCAUUGAACGAGAUCGUGGCCAGGAAGAGGAGGUGCGCAAGCUGCGUGAGGAGAUGGAGGAGCUCAGAAGGCAGAAGAUGAUAAAAGACAACGAUCUUGUGGAAAUCCAGAAGCGAGUAACAAUCCUGGCAGAGGAGAAAGACAAGGAACAGGAGGUCAUCACUGAGGAAGAAGUGAUCAAGGUGCAAAAUGACCCCCAAUUGGAGAGUGAGUACCGCAUCCUCCUUGACAGAAAACAAAAGGAAACCGAUGGCAGGACACAACUGGAAGAUGAGCUUCGAUUCCUUCAGGAAAAGCUGAGAAGGCUGGAAAAGGAGAAGGCAAUGGCGGAGGAGAAGAUUUCCAUUAAGGAAGUAGUAAAGGUGUCGAAAGAUCCUGCCUUAGAGAGGGAGGUAGAGAACCUAAGGAGGCAGUAUGACGAUGAAAAGACAAGGCGAAGGUCUUCACUGCGAGAAAAGACCGACCUCCAGAGGAAAGUUACCAGCCUGGAGGAGGAUAACUCCAAGGUUAUCGUUCAGGAAAAAGUGCGUGAGAUUAUCCGCCCGGAUCCCAAAGCUGAGAAUGAGGUAGCCAGCCUUCGCCUUGACAUGGUGGAGCAGCAGAGACGCUACAAAGAUUCAGACAUCCAUCUCCGAUCUCUACAAGAUGAGCUCACCAUGCUUAGAAAUAGAGGCCCUCAAGUUGAAGUCAAAGAGAUCAUUAAAGAAGUUAUUAAGUACAAAACAGAUCCACAGACAGAGCAAGAGUUGGAGAAACUCCGCAAUGAAAUUGUGGAUAAAACACACCAAACUGAGAAGUCAGAGAUGGAGAUUCGGCAGCUUAAUGAGGAGAUUCAAAGGUGGAAAGAUACCAAGCCCCAAGUGCAAACUAAAGAGGUGGUCAAUGAAGUGCUGCAGUAUAGAGAAGAUCCUAAGACCAAGGAGGAGAUUGAGACACUCAAGAGAAAACUUGCUGAUGAACAGACGAAACGACUUGAUCUUGAAAGAGAACGUUCUACUCAAGAGGACAAGAUCCGUGUGAGGAAGAUUGACCUGUCUCAGGUCAGAGAGAAGAUUGUGCAGGAGAAGUGGUCAAAAUGGAAGAGGGACCCUCUGCUGAAGGCGGAAUGCAACACCUUUAUGCAAAACAUCAACACCGAACAACGGCAGAAGGAGACCCUUAGAGAUGAGUUGUUGAAGCUACAAAGGCAAAAGGCUGACCUAGACCUUCAGCUGGAAGAGUUGGAGCGUGAGCGGAGAUCACGUCGUGAGUAUGAACUGGAGAUUCAGCGGCUGAGAGUCAAACUCAAGUGAGCUUGAAGAUCCGUUGACAAAGAGAACCGCGAGAAGGUGACGGUAAAACAGAAGGUGGUUCUGCAAGCGGACCCCAAAGAGAAGGAGCCCUCCAUGCUUAGACUACAGGUGGAAGAAGAGAGGCACAAGCACUUACUAGAAAAGGAGCUGAACAUCCUCAUCCAAAAGCAGCUCACCCUAGAGAAAAUUGAUGUGAAGGAAAGAGUUGUGCGCACUGAAAAAGUCCAAGUUGAGAAGACCCGGAAGCUGAUAUGAGAUUGAGAACCUGAGAGGGCCUUAGAGGACGAAAAACGAAGGAAGCGUGAUUGGAUCUGGAGUUGGCCAGCAAUUAACUCCAAGCUAGAUAUGGAGUUCUCUAACACCAAGUCCUCCAAGGACCUCGAUUACAUACGCAAUGAGAGCGGCCUUCUGCAGCAGGAAAACUCCAGACUGCAGAAUGAAAUUCGCAAACUCCGCUCCGAAAUCCAGAUCACAAGCAAGGAGACCCGAUUUAUCAAAGAGUCUGCUCCCACAGAGAACGGCAAAAACCUGGAACUGAGGGUGGAUUCGCUACAAAGGGAGCUGACCGACCUCAGAACCGUCACAGGCCAAAAGGAGGACGAGAUACAGAAGCUUCAGAAGAGUCUUCUGCCGUGGAGAGUCAAAAAGGAGCAGAGAGAGAGCCACCUGCGCAGGUCUAUUGUCGUCAUUGACCCCGGAGUCUGGAAAGAGAUGCGCCCAGAAGAGGCCUACACUGGUCUCAUUGACUGGAAGAUGUUUGUCAACCUGCAAGGCCAGGAGUGCGACUGGGAGGAGAUCUCAGUCAAGGGCCCUCAAGGAGACUCAUCAGUUCUUCACGACAGGAAAUCAGGGCAGAAGUUCUCAAUUGAUGAUGCGCUCCGCAUGGGACACAUCACAAACCGGCAACUUCAGCAGUACCUUGACAAAGAGAUCACCAUCCAAGAGUUCGGCAUCAUGGUGUCAGGCAAUAACAAGUGAUUGCGUAUAUCCGAAAGCAAAUUUAUUUUUGUAUCCCACAAAAUCUUAAAAAGCUGAUUCAAAGAUUUGUGUUCUUUCUAAAUGUUGAAGUUAUUUGUAUUGUCAUUAUUACUUGAUAUAUCUGGUUUUCUGUAUGCAAUUUAAUAAAAGUUUAUUAUUUUGUCAUCAUGGAAUGAAAUUAUGGGUUCAGAUGGUGUUUUUCACAGAAGCUAACGAUAAUUUAUAUGGGUAGGAAAAGGGAACCUGUUCCUUAUUGGACUAUAUAGAUGUCACUUUUGGCUUGACUUUGCUUUUUAAAUAUGUAACGUGGGUGUUUUUAAAUGUUGUUUGUGCACUAUAUACCCGAUAAAAACUAAAGAAAACUGCGUUACUUUUCUGAUGUCUUAAUCAAUUGUGUGUGUAUAUAUAAUAAUUGUAUUUAGUUUACUAUAAAGAUUUCACAUUUGGCUUGACUGUGCUUUUUAAAUAGGUAUCCUGGGUGAUUUUAAACGUUGAUUGUCUAAACCCAAUAAAAACUAAAAGAAACUGC